AUCUGGAUACAAUCAAAGAAAACCUUGGAUCAAAUCAUUUACAGUAUGUGCAAUUAAAUCAAGAAGACAAAUUUGUUCAGAAUGGUUUUUUUCUAACACAAGCAUACAUAAUCCAUUGUAUCCUGCCCUUGGACUUAGGAUAUAUACAUAAUGGGUAGAACAUCAAGAAAACGUCUCCAAAAGAAGAAAUUAAAUCUCAAAGCAAUAAGUGAAAACUGGGAAGACUAUGCAUCUGAGAAUGAAAAUCUGAUGCAUCUAAAAUCUUGGUUAUUAACAAAUAAUUGUUUAUCAGUUUCUCAUUUAAUCCCAUAUAAUUUUUCUGUUACUGGUAGAGGGUUGAAAACAAUGAAGGAUAUUAAAAUCAAUGAUAUAUUGAUGAAAAUACCAUAUGAAAUAUUAAUAACCACAUCUACUUUAUCUCAAAGCAAUUGUUUUAGUGGAAGUGCAAUUCAUCGUACACAGAAAAAAAGUGCAUUACAUUUAAAAUUUAUUACACCAAUAAAGUUUCCACUACCAAUUCCUGGAUUUAGGGAAGGGAAAUCAGGUCAACAAAAAAGAGAUUGUUUUCAUCCUGGUGUAUCCAGUUUAAGUCAAGAAAGUAUUGAUUUACAAGAAAAAGAACCAGUUACUUCAUCGGAUAUGAUAAAAGCAAUGCUUCAGUAUAUUUGGCCUAGAGAUGAUCCAGAAAUAAGGAACAGAGUUAAAGUUGCUGUUAGUUUACUUAUUGGUGCAAAGGUUUUAAAUGUUUGUGUCCCUUUUAUUUUCAAAUAUGCAAUAGAUGCUAUCAAUUCUCAACAUAUAGCAAGUACUGGCAAUGCUAUUUUAAGUCUAGAUACUGCACCAGAAACAGUUGUAACUGCAGCAACAACAUUACUUAUAGGAUAUGGAAUAGCACGCGCAGGGGCGGCUGGAUUCAGUGAAUUACGCAAUGCAGUUUUUGCAAAAGUUGCACAACAUUCUAUUCGAAAAAUAGCCAAAAAUGUCUUUUUACAUUUGCACAAUUUAGACAUGGCUUUUCAUUUGAAUAGACAAACUGGAGCAUUAUCAAAAACAAUAGAUAGAGGCAGCCGAGGUAUCAAUUUUGUACUAAAUGCAAUGGUAUUUAAUAUUAUACCUACUGUCUUUGAAUUAUCCUUAGUCAGUACAGUACUAUAUUUAAAAUGUGGUGGAGAAUAUGCAAGUAUUGCUCUUGGUUGUGUAGGAAUUUAUGCUAUAUUUACAUUAGCUAUUACACAGUGGCGAACCAAGUUUAGAGUUUAUAUGAAUCAAGCAGAGAAUGAAGCAAGCAAUAAAGCAGUAGAUUCACUUAUUAAUUAUGAAACAGUAAAGUAUUUUAACAAUGAAAAAUUUGAAGCACAAAGAUAUGAUGAAUCAUUGAAAAAGUACGAAGCUGCAUCACUUAAAACAAACACUAGUUUAGCACUGCUAAAUUUUGGACAAAAUGCCAUAUUCAGUGCUGCCUUAAGUUUGAUAAUGGUAUUAGCAGCUCAAAAUAUUACACAAGGUACUAUGACGGUUGGAGAUUUAGUAAUGGUCAAUGGGCUUUUAUUUCAACUAUCAGUUCCUUUGGGAUUUCUAGGAUCAGUAUAUCGCGAAGUUAGACAAGCUCUUAUUGAUAUGCAAACUAUGUUUACAUUGAUGACAAUGGAUACAGCUAUUAAGUCCAAAGAGAAUGCAAUACAGUUGCACUUAAACUCAAAGAAUUCAAAUAUUGAAUUCAGAAAUCUUAAUUUUCAAUACGUUGAGGGUAAACCUAUUUUUAAAGAUAUGAAUUUUACUAUACCAAGUGGUAAAAAAAUUGCUAUUGUUGGAGGAUCUGGUUCUGGUAAAACAACAUUAGUAAGAUUGUUAUACCGAUUUUUUGAACCACAAUCUGGCAGUGUUCACAUUAAUGGUUACAAUAUUCAAGACGUUGAUUUAGAUAUUUUAAGAAAAUCAAUAGCAAUUGUUCCGCAGGAUACAGUUCUCUUUCACGAAAGUAUCUUUUAUAAUCUUCAUUAUGGAAAUUUAUCUAAAUCAAAGGAAGAAGUUUAUGAAGCUGCCAAAAUGGCAAAUUUACACGAUUCCAUUCUUAAAUGGCCAAAAGGAUACGAUACACCAGUUGGUGAACGUGGUUUAAAAUUAAGCGGCGGUGAAAAACAGCGGGUUGCAAUUGCUAGAGCAAUUUUGAAGAACAGUCCAAUAUUAAUCUUUGACGAGGCCACGUCGUCUUUAGAUUCUAUUACAGAAUAUCAUAUCCUUGAAGCAUUACGCAGAGCAACCACCGGGCGUACGUCCAUCGUUAUUGCCCAUCGUUUAUCUACAGUCAUGGAUUCAGAUGAAAUUUUAGUACUAGCCAAUGGUAGUUUAAUUGAGAGAGGAACACAUGAUUGUUUGCUAGCUACGCCAAAUUCUUUCUAUAGUAAAUUAUGGAAAACACAGCAUAUGGGAAUGCUCAAAUCUAAUAAUAAAGAAAAAGAAAAUAAUCAUAGAACUCCUGGAGUUUAAAACAAGUAUCGUAUAACAUACAGGUAAACAUGUUAACGUAAUAUUCAAUUUAAAAACAAAUAAUGAAAAAAUAGUAUUCAAGGAAUUAAACGUGAAAUGAAAGUUCAUUUUUUUUUU